AUGCCCGGAGGUGUGUGUGCCGUCCUCGACUAUGAGGUCGACAUGAUGUCCGAGUAUGUUGCCGAGAUGGCCACUCGCGUUGUUACACCUGAGGCUGCUGUAACAUCAUCCUUCCGCAAGUUUGUGUCUCAGAUCCUUACUUCGACACGACUGCCCAGCACCACCAUCCUCCUCGGAAUGAACUACCUCGCCAAGAGAAUCAACACCUUGAAGGGACAGGGUCCCUACAAGGCCUCCGAGGGUCAGGUCUGGCGUUACUUGACCGUCUCUCUGCUUCUGGGAAGCAAGUUUCUCGAUGACAACACCUUCCAGAACCGGUCUUGGUCAGAGGUGAGUGGCAUUGCUGUCUCUGAGCUCAACUCUCUUGAGUUCGAGUGGGUCGAGUCCAUGGGCUGGCGCCUGUAUGUCAACCUUGACAUGAGCAAGGAUUACCAGGCUUGGCUGGAGAACUGGCGCGACUGGCAGGACAUGAAGAAGCGACAGGUCGCCCAGGCCAGCCGCGAGAGGCUAGCAUCUAUUGUUCCCGCCAUCGACACCGAUAUCGCGCGAUACUCUGGCCAACGCCAGUCUCCUCACUCGCGCUACCUUCAGGAACAGGUGGCCGAGUACGAGCGUUACCAGACUAUGAAGGCCCAGCAGCAGACCUACCGCAACCGCGAAUCAGGCUGGGGCCACACUUCCUGGGGUGCUCCUCUUACACCUCCCGAUUCUGGAUAUGGUACUCCAGACUACACCAUGUCUGCUACAUCAAGCAACGACCGCUACAACGAAUGGUUUUCCCAGGCUGCUACUCAGUACAGCACUCGAUACCCUCAGCCUCCUGCUCAUAGCACCUUCUAUCCCAACUCACGCCACAACUCGUACAGCGGACAUUACUCCUAUCCGCAGAACAUGUGGGAGCACAAUGUCGCUGAGUGCAGCUGUACCGGCUGUGUGGAUCCCAUGAAGCAGCAGGUUCCUUAUUUCAUGCCUCACGGCUACAGCCAACCCGUAAUGGGUUAA